UUGGCCACACUGCUUGGCAACAAACGGAGUCGAAACGAAAAUUAAAAUUGAAACUUCAAUCGACGUCCAGAACAAUCCUGUCAUUCUCGAGCAAAGUGUCACAAAGUUUUCUUGCCUUCACUUGUGAAGUGCUAACCUAUUUUGUGUUCACUUUUUUUUCCGUUCAUUUUUUCGUUUUGUUUCUCCGAGAAAAUCAGAGAAAAAUUAACAAAAAAAAAAUUAAGAGAAUAUUAAACGCGAUUGAGAAGCUAACUUGCUGUUAGCAGUUAGCUAGCAUGGACGAGGAGAAUCAGCUGGAGCGUGAGCUCGAAAACGCGGUGGCCAAUAUGCCGCCAGUGCCGAACUUGGGCAACGCUGAAGACGCAGAUACCAAUGAUGAAAACAAUCUAAUUGUGGCUGCCAGCGGUCAACCGACGACGGCUGGGCAGGAUGAAGGGGAGCAGUCGGAAGGCGGGCAGAAUAGGGCCGAAGCCCGUCAGCAGCACCGCGAAGCUGUGCGCCAGCGUUUGCUAGAUUCUCCCGCCGCUACCGCCGCUGCCGGCGCUGGCAGCAUUGAAGAUUUGACAACUAUUGAAAUAAUGUCAUCGAAUGAUGAUGAUUCGGUACCGGACGCAGUGCCGUCAUUAGCAAAUCGCAAUACUGCCACGCCGAAGGCCACAACGGCCCAAAAUGAUUCCAGCAAUGAUGACGACGACGAGGACAAGGACAAGGACAAGGAAGAGGACGAUAGCUAUGACGAGAAUGAUAAUGAUCAGGAUAAUCGCGUGAGCGAUGAUUCGGACAGUGAGGAGGAUAACCUUCACUACUCCACCACCGAGGAUAGCGAUGACGAUGCACAGGAGGCCAAUUUUCAGAAGAUGCUGAAGGAGCCCGAGAAGCCAUUUUCCCAACUGGUGAAACUAUGCGAAGUUGCUUUUAAACUCAAGGAUUUUGAUAAAAUUGAGUUGGCCUUAAAAACUAUUAAGGAAGAAGCCACUGUGCCGGCCCACAUCUGGGUAAAAUAUCUCAAGGCUUACCAUGUGGUAACCCAAACUCCCGAGGAACAUAAGCAGUUUGAGAUUAAAUGCUGCACUGCCCUGAGCUUCCACUACAAUAUACCGCUGGCCGAGUUUAUUGUUGGGUACCUGGAGGAUCACACUGAGCAGCUGGAGAGCUCUCGUCUUUGGGUUAAAUUGAUAACCGAUUAUGAUGUAGAGCGUCCCGACUUUGGUUUAAAGCUACGUGAAAAGAUUGCACGGAUGACGAGUAAUGUGACGCGUAACGCAUACUUGGAGCCCCUUAGAAAUGAUUGCGCCACAUGGACAUUGAGUAUGGAUGAUCGGCAGGCCAUCAUUGAUGUGGUAUCUAACUUUAAGACGCACAUUGCCGACAUGAAGAUACAGCAAACCGACUGGGAUUGGGCAAAAAUGCAUACGCCAUACGUUAAUGAUGUCUUGGCCUUGAACCUGAAUAACUGUGUUAAGAACUCAGUUAUUCGGUUCAUUUUCGAACGAACCGUAUCAAAAUUCCCCACCGCUGAUGCCUUGUGGUUGGCCUACAUUCAAUUCGUAUUGGGUGAUGAUAUUGAUGAUAAUGUGGAUGUGGAUGAGGCAGAGCUAGCCGCCCAAACUGCUAGCCGCAUUGGAAAGGGUUUCCUGCAAAGCACAGGCGUUGACUUGGCCAAGCGUGCUUUUCGCUGCCGUCCCACCACUCGCCUCAAUCAUAAACUUCUUGCCCUGAUGGAGCUUGAAAACUUGGAUCUGGCAUCGGUGAAUGAACAGUUUCAAGCCAUGGUGAAACGUACGUCAAGGAAUCUGCUCAUGACUGUGGAGCUGUAUUUGGAUUAUUUGGCGUAUCGCAUUCGGAACACCAAUGCCGACAAUGCCAGCCAGGUUACCAGUCUUCGCGAAGCCUUCUUUAAAUCCUGGGAGGAUUUAUCUGAGCUUUAUGGCGAUCAGGCGGACACCAGCUACGAGAUCCUGCAGCUUUGGGCUCAGGUUGAGUAUUCUCAUCUAAGGAGUCCCUCCAAUGGUUACAAUAUAUGGCGUCAGAUAUUGGGCUAUCCCGGCACCAAUUUGCGCGGCCAGCUUUGGGUCAAUUUUGCGCAAAUGGAAUCGGAAUACAAUGGUGGUCAGGGCACCCGUGAUAUACUCCAGGAGGCGCUCGCUCAGCCCUAUAUGUCAGAUGGGCAGAUGGUCCAUGAGCUAUUCCGUCGCUACGAACGCUGUUUUGGCAAUUAUGAUACCAUUGCCGCUUGCCAGGCAACGAAUAUACCGUCAGAUUAUGCGGCAAUGGAAUUUCAUUCACGUAGCCAAAACAACAGAACUUUCUCUUCGAGACGCUCAAGGGCAAAGAAGACCACGGACAAAGAUGAGUCUAAACAGACCGAAGAGCAGAGGAAAUCUGAGAAGCAGGAAGCUGACAAAAAGGAAGCUUCAGGGUCAGCUAAAGCGGAUGCUGCUCCAGUGCCAGCUAAGUCGGAAGCUCCUUCGGCAGCCAAGUCGGAAGCUCCAUUACCCGCAGCCAAUCCUUUAGCCAAACUCGUAACCCAAACAUAUUCACCUAAAUCGAGUGGCUUCGAAGUCCGUCCAUUCUAUUCCAAGUAUUCACACGAUCUGGAGGCCAACAAGGUCUUUGUUAAGAACGUGCAUCCGGACUGCACCAAGGCAGAGUUGGGGCAACUUUUCAAUAACCAUGGCAACAUCAAGGAUGUGCGCCUGAUCUUCAAGCGGAAAGGUAUGAGGGGCAUAGCCUAUGUGGAGUAUGAUAAGCCGGAGGAGGCUAACAAUGCUGUGGCUAAGCUAAAUAACCAUAAACUACGCGACAUUGCCAUUUCUGUUAUGAUAUCUAACCCACCGCCAAGGGCUAAAUCCCAAGGUUUUCCAGCCUCUAAUGGCAACGUGGGGGUGGCCAAGGUGGCCCCCAAGAGACGUAUGCUUACCUCACUGAUACCCACAACCGUGGUACGUCAGGAGGCUGAGGCGGCCAAGAAGCGCCGCAUUGAGUCAACCCAGGAUGCGGACGACGCUAAGCCAUCCACAUCGGCUGCAGCUACAUUGGCUGCAGCCACAUCGGAUGCAGCCACAUCGGAUGCAGCCACAUCGGAUGCAGCCACAUCGGUUGCAUCUACUUCGGUUGCAGCCACUUCUGGUGCAUCCUCAUCGGAUGCAGCCACAUCGGGUGCCUCCACAUCGACUGAAUCCAAUGGCAAACCAAACCAGUCAGCACCCAAGACGAAUGACGACUUUCGCAAUAUGUUUUUCAGGCACUACUAGGAAGGUCAAGGGACAUCCAUGGAGAGAGGAACAGAGGAUUAAAACAAAAGAAGACUUGAAAAACCAACACGAAUACCCAACUGAACCAAAACUGUAAUUGAAUGUACAAAAACCAAUCAGACGUAAGACCCUUGAUCUACAUUAUUCAUUGGUUCGAAAUACUUAAACAUUAUACAUUUUGAAAUGUAAAAAAAAAAA